UCAUUUUGGACACAUCAGGCCUGACAUUUGAUUUCCUGGAAAGCGAGAAGUAAAAACUAGGUGUUUGACUUUGACAUGAUUUGGAGUCUGGGAAAACUUGGUUAAUUCCGACAAUUAGCGACAUAAUUUGGCAUCUAAUCCUAUAAAAACUUCUUAGUGCUCAUCGCCCAUGUUGUGUUUACAACUGUAUUUGUCUUGGUUAUUGGGUUGUCUUAUAAUCCUCUGAGCAAGCAAGCCAUAUUGCUCAUGCAGUGCUUGAGCCUCUCUAUCCCCUAAUUCAAUUCUGAAAUGGGUUCCAGUCGCUCAGAUGGCUCUGGUAAAGAACGCUUGCGCUGGACUCAAGAGCUUCAUUAUAGAUUCGAGGAAGCUGUUAAUCAGCUUGGUGGCCCUGAUAGGGCUACACCCAAGGGGAUCUUGAAGGCUAUGGGCGUUGCUGGACUGACUAUCUACCAUGUCAAAAGUCACUUGCAGAAGUACAGGAUCUCAAAAUUUAUACCAGAAUCAACUACUAGAGGGAAGUUUGAGAGGAGGAAUAUUUCAGAGAUACUGCCUAAUUUUGGUACAACAUCUGCAGCUCAGCUUAAUGAAGCCUUACUAAUGCAAAUGGAAGUACAAAGGCGACUGAAUGAUCAACUUGAGGUUCAAAGGAGUUUGAAGCUUAAAAUCGAAGCUCAAGUAAGGUUCCUUGAUAGAAUUGCAGAUGAACAUAGAAACCGACCUGCAAAGCCUAAUUAUUCUCCCACAUCGAUAUCAUUGCCAUCCCUCUGUGAGGACUACUCUGAUUCAAAUGCAAAGGAUUUCGAUUCUGAUUCUGAAGCUGACAUAAAUGAAAUAGAAUCUGCAGACGCAAUUCGAGCUAUGAAAAGGGCUAGGGUUGAUGUUAAUGAUGAUCAUUUUUUCCCACAAAUGUUCACACUAAACAAAGACAUGAAACCAGAAACUUCAUAUCCUCCCUGGAAUAUUGCAGCUUGCUCCCCACCUUUAGUGCCCAGCUUUUUAUAGAAUAAUACCUUUUCUUUUCUAAAUAAUAAGUUUCAGAAUGGAUAGAGAUAUAUUCAGUUGCUCCAUUAUCAUAUGUAGUUUUGUGUGGACAUGUAUGCUUUUAAGAUAAUGGAAGCUAAAUAUCAAAUCAUCUCUAGGGAUGAUUAUGUAUCAUAUAUAAAUAAGAUGAAAGUAGUAUGUAUUACUCUGCUUAUUGUUAAUAAAUACUAUAAGAUUUGAUGUUUGUGUGACAAA